AUGACAAAAUUAAUUUUAAAUCCUGGUGAUUUAUCCCUGAUAUUCCCCGAUAUUUCUAUAUCUAACCCACAAAGAAUUCGAAUAUUAUGUCAAGUCAUAAAAUAUAUCCCUAAUGAAUCAUGUCUAAUAAUUGAUAAAAUACCCACCGUAGCAGAAUCGUCAACAAAUAAGGAGUCUUUGGUUAAGAUUGAUGUAUUUGAUAUAUUGGAAGAUAUAUUAUCAAUUGAAAUUAUAAAUAAAGGAACAAUCAUUAAUAUUGAUGGAUAUUAUGAUGGUGAAAAAAUUCAACCUAUUGAUAUUUAUGAAAUUAAUGGGAUUAAUUUCACGAUUGAAAAUAUUGAAAUAUUAAAUCAAUUGAAUCAAAUGAAAAGUUUAACAUAA